AUGGUCGAGGCCGAACGGGCUGCCAACGAAGCUCGCUUACUGGCAGAAGCCGCUGCUCGUACCGCCGGCGAAGAAGCAAGAUAUAGAGCAGCGGAAGCAGAAGAGGAGCGUAAGCGAACUGCCCCUGUCCAAGAACAAGCCGAACGAGACACCCAGGCUGCCCAGGAGCAGUCCAAGAAACUACAGGAGGCUGCCGAUAAAGAGAAGAGGAGAGCGAUUGCCGCCCAGGAAGCGGCCAACGCGUCGAAGAAAGUGGCAGAAGAGCAAGUAAAGGCGGCCAAUGCUGCCAAGGAGGAGGCUGAACGCAAGUUGAAAAAAGGCAUUCAACCUGUAGUGAUUCCCACACCUGAAGAAGUUAGCGCCGCCAAGCGGAAAGUUCAAUAUCGCGAGGAUCUUUUCCACUUUGCAGUAGCCGGGGUGGCAGGAGGAGGGAAAUCAUCCCUCAUCAAUGCCUUCCGCGGUUUGCUUAAUAAGGAUAUGGGAGCUGCUGCCACAGGCGUCACCGAGACAACGCUAACUAUGGCUAGACUCCCCGACCCCAAUGCGGAAUACCCUCUUGUCUGGUACGAUAUCCCGGGCGCAGGCACGCUCAAAAUCCCAGACUGGCAAUACUUCAAUACCCAAGGCCUUUACGUCUUUGACGGCAUCAUCGUCCUGUUCGACAACCGCUUCACUAUGACCGACAUCGCCAUCCUUGUCAACUGCAGGCGUUUCAAGAUCCCCACGUAUAUCGUGCGCUCUAAGGCAGAUCAGCAUAUAUGA